UUUUUUUUUUUUUUUGAGACGGAAUCUCACUCUGUCACCUAGGCUGGAGUCCAGUGGUGCAAUCUCGGCUCACUGCAACCUCCCUGUCCUGGGUUCAAGCGAUUCUCCUGCCUCAGCCACCUGAGUAGCUGGGAUUACAGGCAUGCGCCACCACACUCAGCUAAUUUUUGUAUUUGUAGUAGAGACAGGGUUUCACCCUGUUGGCCAGGCUGGUCUCGAACUCCUAACCUCAGGUGAUCUGCCUGCCUUGGCCUCCCAAAGUACUGGGAUUACAGGCGUGAGCCACUGCGCCCAGCCCAUUCAUUCUUUUGACAAAUAUUUGUUGGGCCCCUAUAUGCCAGGUACUGUGGUAGGCACUGAGGAUACAAGAGGCAAAUAAGACAUGGCAACUGUCUCAGGAAAUUGAAGUCCUCAUUAGUCUCCAUGCUUACAAGCUUACCAUCUUUAAAUCCGUCAUCCACACUGACACCACAACUGUGUGGCAUUAGUGUGUAUAUCUUACGCUAGUGUGUACAUCUUUCCUGCUUAAAAUCCUUCAUUAGUCUCCUGUCACUAACAGGAUAAAGACCAAACUCCCUAGUUAGACUUAUAAAACUUUCAAAAUCUGCACCAUAUUUACUUCCCCAGGCUUAUAUCUCACCACUGUGCCUCAUUCUUUAUACUCCCUUAAAAACAAACUACUUUUAUUCCAACCCCACACCAGGGCCAUUUCUUUCCUUAUGUGUCUUUGAUGAUGCUAAUACCUGUCUGGAAUUCCUUUCCUCCCCAAUUCCUAUUGAAUUUUCAAAAUAUAACUCACUCCUGAGGGGUCUUGGAAUAGGUGACUUUAGAGCAAAUUCCAUUCCUCUGUGUAUAUUUCCAUCAUAGUAACCACUGAAUUGAAACUGUUGGCUUGUUUUUCUCUCCCAUUAGACUAAAAGCACCUUGAGAGCAAGGGUCAUGGUCUGAGUUUUUUCAUAUAUUCUUUUAAAGCACAAUAUUCAGCACAGAGUAGAUGCUCACAUAUUUAUUGAAUUGAACUGAAGCAGCUUACCUUGGCCUUCCAGCAUGCUUAAAUCCUUAUUCUCCAUCUAUUCUCCUUCCUCAUUUAAUGUAGAAUAUUUCUUUUCAUCUUCCCUUUAUUGUAGUAUACAAGGGUUUCAGCUUUUGAUUAGUUUGGGUUUGUCAGCUGGCUUUUAGUGCAGUGAUAAAUUCCAAUUACAUUGCCAAGCGGAGACCAGGAUGGACACAAGUUAGCUUAGUUGGAUAGUUUAUAUGGCUAGUGAUAGCCUGUAAUGAUACUGUUUCUUUUUCAUUUAUUCAGUGUGCCUGAAUCAAGUGUUAUGCUUUCUUUACCAAAUAAUGAAACUUGCCAGGCAUAGUGUUUCACACCUGCAGUGCCAACCCUUUGGGAGGCUGAGGAUCACUUGAGCCCAGGAGUUCGAGACCACCCUGGGCAACAUGAACUUGAUGGAGAGUUUGGAUUCAUUGCUUUGUGCAGAAGGUUCUGAAAGUCUGAAGAGUUUAUGUCUGAAACUUCUCCUUUGCUUAGUGACCGUGACAGAUAACAUCAGCCAGAACACUAUUCUCGAGUAUGUAAUGAUCAACAGCAUAUUUGAAGCAAUUUUACAGAUACUUUCCCAUCCCCCAAGUCGUAGGGAGCAUGGGUAUGAUGCUGUCGUCCUCUUGGCUUUGCUGGUGAACUAUAGAAAAUAUGAGUCUGUGAAUCCUUAUAUUGUGAAGCUGUCUAUCGUGGAUGAUGAGGCCACACUCAAUGGAAUGGGACUUGUAAUUGCUCAGGCUUUAUCUGAGUACAACAGGCAGUAUAAAGACAAGGAAGAAGAACACCAAAGUGGUUUUUUCUCUGCUUUAACAAAUAUGGUGGGCAGCAUGUUCAUAGCAGAUGCCCAUGAGAAAAUCUCAGUACAAACCAAUGAGGCCAUUCUUCUGGCACUUUAUGAAGCUGUUCAUUUAAAUCGCAACUUCAUCACAGUAUUAGCUCAGAGCCAUCCAGAAAUGGGCUUGGUGACGAGCCCUGUCAGUCCUGCUCCUACAACACCAGUCACACCACUUGGGACCACACCGCCUUCCUCUGAUGUUAUAAGUUCUGUGGAACUCCCACUGGAUGCAGAUGUACAGACCAGUAAUCUACUGAUAACCUUUUUAAAGUAUAGCUCAAUUGUCAUGCAGGACACCAAAGAUGAACACAGGCUUCACAGUGGCAAACUCUGUCUGAUUAUCCUUACAUGUAUUGCAGAGGAUCAAUAUGCCAAUGCAUUUUUGCAUGAUGACAACAUGAAUUUUCGAGUAAACUUACAUAGAAUGCCUAUGAGACACAGGAAGAAGGCAGCAGACAAGAAUCUUCCCUGCCGUCCUUUAGUAUGUGCAGUACUGGACCUGAUGGUAGAGUUUAUUGUAACACACAUGAUGAAGGAGUUUCCUAUGGAUCUCUAUAUACGCUGCAUCCAGGUAGUACACAAACUGCUCUGCUACCAGAAGAAGUGUCGGGUACGCCUGCAUUACACCUGGCGGGAGCUCUGGUCAGCCUUGAUAAAUUUGCUGAAGUUCCUUAUGUCAAAUGAGACUGUACUUUUGGCCAAACACAACAUUUUUACAUUAGCCCUUAUGAUUGUGAACCUAUUUAAUAUGUUUAUCACAUAUGGCGACACAUUUCUGCCAACCCCCAGCAGCUAUGAUGAACUUUACUAUGAGAUUAUCCGCAUGCACCAGAGCUUUGACAACCUCUACUCCAUGGUCCUGAGGCUUUCUACCAAUGCAGGCCAGUGGAAGGAAGCAGCUAGCAAGGUGACCCAUGCAUUGGUUAAUAUCAGAGCCAUCAUCAACCACUUUAACCCCAAAAUUGAGUCCUACGCUGCUGUGAAUCACAUAUCCCAACUGUCAGAGGAGCAGGUGCUGGAGGUGGUGAGAGCCAACUAUGACACGCUCACGCUGAAGCUGCAGGAUGGCCUGGACCAGUAUGAGCGCUACUCAGAGCAGCACAAGGAAGCUGCCUUCUUCAAAGAGCUGGUUCGAUCCAUUAGCACCAACGUCCGGAGAAACCUGGCCUUCCACACACUCAGCCAAGAAGUCCUGCUCAAGGAGUUCUCCACUAUCUCCUGAGGCCACGCCUACCUGAGCAGCCUCUGACUGCCCUUACCCAUGAGGAUCAUGGGCUGGAGGGGGAGCGAGGGGAGAGGGGGCUGCCCCCGAGGUUGGAGAGAAACACAGAUACCAAGUUCUCUUGGUGAAGACCACACUUCAAUGGAGCUCGGGCAGCAGGGGCAGGAGGGUCAAGCCAGGGAUAAUCUUAUUUGGGGAGGAAUGGGUGGGCACAGUGGGGAGAGGCCUCCAGGAAUGUGGGGACUUCCAGAGUGGGCUCCCUAAACAGCCCCUCACAUUUCCAAUCUUGAGGUUACAAGCUGUAGCUACUGACUAAUUUUCGGGAGCUGUUGAGGCAAGCCUCAGGGUAAUGCCAGCACCCUGAAAGUCAGUGGCUCUGCUCAGCUUCUGAAAACAGAUCAACUCUCAGAUAUAGCUGGAGCUACAUCCUGCUUCCUUUGGGCCUGGGGCUGUGCUUGGCUUGAAAUCUGUGUCCCCUGCCUGCACUGGCACUUUGUCCAGUCAUCGGGACCUUUGGCUCAGAUUUAGGGUAAGAUAGGAAUAGGGUACCUUUUUCCUUUUUUUUCUGAGACGGAGUCUCACUCUGUCGCCCAGGCUGGAAUGCAGUGGCGUGAUCUCGGCUUUACUGCAGCCUCCGCUUCCUGGGUUCAAGCGAUUCUCCUGCCUCAGCCUCCCGAGUAGCUGGGACUACAGGAGCGUGUGCCACGCUCAGCUAAUUUUUUGUAUUUUUAGUAGAGAUGGGGUUUCACCAUGUUACCCAGGAUGGUCUCAAUAUCCUGAGUUCAUGAUCCACCCGCCUUGGCCUCCCAAAGUGCUGGGAUUACAGGCGUGAGCCACCACACCCAGCCAGUUUUCCUAUUUUCUGAAUUCAGAAUUGACUUCUCUGGGAAAACUGGAGAUGAGAAUCUGCCCAGUGCUCUGCUGUCCGGCCACCGCCUUUUGAAUUUUAGUUUUGGCACCAGGAGUACCGUUAGCUUUCCCCUUCUUCUGGCCCAUUUGACUCAUCAGCACAAUAGGGUCACAACCUUAACUUUUAAUUUCUAAUCUGGUUUACUGUCUUUAGGGUGUGUAUGAAAUAAACAUUGACAGGCUUUCUGGAGCCCUCAAGGUGCCUACUUUGCUGGUUCCCUUUCCAGCAGCUCCCCCACCUCCCUAGCCCCCCCUCCUCUGGCAGCCUCUCCUGCCUCUGCUGAGCUCCCCUCCACGUGUUCCACCCCCUUACCCUGCUGUUGUUUACAUCCAACCUGCCUGAGAAUUUCCUCUGGGGAGGAAUCUGUUCCUGUCAUGGUCUAGUGCCUGGGAGGGAGAGAACUUUCUGGGGGUAGGGUGCCCUCCAUCUGAAACAGGCCAGGUGAGCAUCAUGCAUAAGGCCUCCAUUCUGUCCGCUCAGAUUCUGGGUGGGGCCACAGGCAAAUCUCCUGACUUCUGGGGAGUUGGCUUGUGGUUCCUCCCUUGGAUAGCCUCCAUGGAACCACUAUAGGCUUUCCCAACAGCUGCCUCUGAAAUAGCUGCUGCUUCGAGAUCCUCCCUUUUUAAAGCACUUUCUAAAGCCCUCAGGAUGGCGGGAGCAAACAGCACUGGUAUAUUCUAGGAGUAAGUGCAGGAAUUCAGCAGUGAGAGCAUGUCUGGGACCACCUGGACUGCCAUCCAUUUAACCUCAAAUCUCUUUGGGAUACUUGCCCUCCCUGGGAACCAGAGUUCUGGCUCUAACAUUGAGCAGCUAUGCACUAGUUCCAGAGAAGCCACUAACAGGCUGCCAUGUGUAGAUGUAGGUUCUUAAGAGAUCACAGGCUGGGUCAUCUGAUCACUGGAUGGAUAGCUCAGCCUGGGGCAUUUAGUGUUUUCCCUGGUGAUAAACCCCCAAGGCAGCUGGAUUUGGAGCUGGUGGCAAGUUGAAAUUAUUAAAAAUUGAUUUGUGUGGGACUGUC